AAAAGUUGGCAUUAAGAUUGACUUAUAAGUAAUACUUCUUUGGAAAUGAUUAAUGGUUUUUUUUAUAUGAAUCUGAAGCUGAAGGAACAAAUUUAUUUUUAAAGAUGAUUAUUACAUGGUUUCAGUUUUCUGCUUUUACAAAUGAACUUUUAAUGCAUACCGAUUAUUCGGAUUAGUUCUGCUCUCCAUUUGAUUUGUCUGUAGAAAAAACCAUGUUAAAACUCCUCCAGAUGUGGCUAAUGAAGUUUGUGAUCUUUUCUGCCUGCGUUUGCAUCGCCAUAGCCAGUGCUGAAAAGAAGGUGAAGUUUGGACUUCAAAAUUUCACGGGCCAUCCCAAUGACUACCGCCUAAAGGUUUUUACUGGGGUCCACAUCAUAGCCACGUACAACUAUCCGGUGGAGACGCACACGGUGCUCACCAGGGAUGGCUACAUCCUGGACAACUUCCGGAUUCCAUCGUCGGAGCGCUGCCGGAAGAGCGGAGUCAGAGUGAAGCCGGCCGUCCUCAUCCAGCAUGGCCUGACCGCCUCGGCGGACUCCUUCCUGAUGACCGGUCCCAGGAGUGCCCUGCCCUUCCUGCUGGCCGAUGCCUGCUACGACGUGUGGCUGAGCAACUGCCGCGGCGUGCGCUACUCCCAGCGCCACUCGGUGCUGAAGGCCUCCCAGGACGCCUUCUGGCGCUUUAGCUGGCACGAGAUCGGAAUGGAGGACCUGUCCGCCCAGAUCGACUACAUCCUGGCGACCACGGGCCACAGCGCGCUGCACUUUGUUGCCCACUCGCAAGGAUGCACCACGCUGAUGGUUCUGCUCAGCAUGAGGCCGGAGUACAACGGAAAGAUCAAGACCGCCAACCUACUGGCCCCCGCCGCCUUCAUGCACCACUCCACGGACGGGAUGCUCAACAUGCUCGAGAAAGUCAUUAUGAAGAUGAAGGACUGCAAUUUUUUUGGCCACACCGGUGUACUGAAUUUCGUAUUAGCGCUUUUGUGCAAACCCUCAAAGUUGAAGAAGUUAUGCACAUCUUUGUUCUUGAUCACCAACAGUAUGUCCAAGAACAUGAACCAGACCAUCAUUCCUUUUCUGAUGGCAACGCAUCCCGGCGGAAUUUCUUCGCGUCAGCCAAAGCACUUUUUGCAGAUCAGGAAAUCUGGAAAAUUCCGCCCGUUUGACUUUGGACCCAAAAAAAACCAAAAAGUCUACAAGCAAGGCUCGCCUCCGGACUAUCCAUUGGAAAAAGUGCGGCCCAUGUCGCCCAUUCACAUUUACUUCAGUGAUGGGGACAAACUGACCGCUCCCAAGGAUGUUCUAAUACUGGCUAGCAAGUUGAACAACGUGGUCAAGCAUCACAUUGCUGACUCAUCCUGGGAACACACGGACUUUCUUUUCGCCAAGACCGUAGAUACGGUCAUCAAUCAACCAGUUAUCAAAGUUAUCGACCAAUUUGAGAGUAAAAGAAAACGGAAGACAAGGUAGAAAACUUGUUAUUAUAAGAGUUAAAAAGAGGAAAUGAAUUAUUUAAAAUACUUGAUACAUAAUGUUAGUUUUUUUGUUUGUAUGUCGUCAAAGUUUAUCAAAUACAAAUAUUCCAAAAGAAUUGUAUCUUAGAGAGCAAGCGUUUCCGAAACAUGUCCGUAUGUCUGUCCCUUGGACGUCAAAACUCGAAAACUAUAAAAGCUAGAGAUUUGGAAUUUUAAAUGUUCUUUCUAGCUACGCAAUGUCCAUUUAAUGCAGCUACGCCCAUUCAAACGUCCACAUCUCGCUAAAGUCUGCCAUGUCACUCUGAGAAAUUUUUGACGCCAGUUAUUGAACGGUAUAAGUUUAUAUGUUGGUUUCAAAUCGAACCAUUAUUUUAGAAGUUAUUUGCAGAAGUGUACCACAUGGACAUCAUUUUCCCUAAGACCGUAAAUGAAGUGAUCAAUCAACCAAUUAUCAGAAUUAUUAACGACUUUGAGAAGGUCCAAAUGGGAUACCGAAGUAAUUUUAAAUUAUUAUUUUACAACAAUUUUAAACCAUUUUCUACUAUGUUAAUCAUUGGAAUUCCCUAUACUUCCGUUUACUUUAUAUGGCAAAUGAGUAACUUGAACAUAUGUUUCUUGCAAAAAAUUGUAAAUAUAUACACAUUUGUAACUUUUCCCCAUUGUGAUUCACAGACUAAGCUGUCACACCAUAAAGUAAUUUUAUUUAUUUCAUAGUUUGGGAUGUCUACUAAUGUACGUAGUUCAUGGGCGCGUGGAAAAAACCUUGUGUCUUUAACGAGAGCAUAGAGCACAGAGCAUAGGUUGGUCCAUCAUGUUUGUAAAAAUUGUUUCAAUAAUUUCUUCAAAAUUUAAAAUAAAUAUACAAACUCAAAAA